AUGACCUCUCUUCCCACCAACAACGAGCUCCAUCAGUGUCUUGCUGGUCUAUACCUUGGGGGCCCGAACAUCACAUCUAAAGUUGAAUGGAUAUAUGCAAAGGCUCGCCACUGCCAUGUUCUCUGUGCUAAGGGUGCCGAUAAGUCAGUGCUAAACCCAACACCAGCCACCUUCCACGGCAUAUUCACUGUUUCCCAACAUCCAUUCAAGUUAGUCCCAGAUGGCGGAUUUCAGCAAUCGACUGUGACGAUCUAUUUUGGCCAUGUCUCACUCCAAGAGGCGAUGGCCAGAACAAAUGCCUGGGCACGACUUGAAAGAAUCAUGGACGAAAGCUUGCUGGGAUACAAAGAUUUCCCCACGUACAUCAAGAACCUCAAGGGCUUAGAAAAGCUAAUGCUGGGUGGUACUCAUCACCAUUACUCCUUAGUCAAUGAGGAGGGUGCAAACGCACCUCAGAUCAAGGUGAUUCAUAGAAUGUUUGAAUCGUGCUGGGAUAAUAUUCAUUUGCCAGCUACUCCUCAGCAGGAGUAUGAGACCAAGUCCAAAAUGCGAUACAAGCUUACUCCAGGCAAUCACGCAGUUGCAUUAAGAUUGGCUAAUACAAGCCACAACUCAACAGCCACAGCAGACAGUCCUCGGGUCCUUCAGGACAAAACUGCGGAAACUUCAGGAGAGACUGAACAUCCUGAGGUGGAAAGGGAGCCCAGCACAACGCCAACGGAGCCAUGCACCACAGAAAACAAAGGCAAAGUGUUGCUGGAAGAUUAUAACAAUGAUGAUGGCGAUGACAGUGCUGACAGUGAUGAUGAUUCAGUUGACGGCUUCUUGGCUCCCAAAUUUGGCUUACAGCAUUGGCCUGUAUCACAGGAAAAUGUCCCAGUGUGUGACAAGAUGUUCGAGGAGCGAAGAUGGCAAACCAAUCCUUUACGUGUGUAUCAUGAAGGAGAUGGAGUCAUCCCACCAACAGACUAUGCAAGUGCUCUCCCAGGAGCGACUGUGCAGAUUUCUUUCACCAUCGCCUGCCACUUAAUUGGAAGCUCGGAGGGCAAAAAGGCAACUUUCUCUGCACGCAUCGAGGAGAUUAUUGUCCUCCGACCCCCGACCCCUCUUGUCAGCUCUCGCACUAACAAUGGAUCCCCCUCGAAGCACCAGUUCUCAGGUCCAUCUUUUUCACCUGUAAAACGCCGAAAGCUCGAGAAAAGCUCUGUCGAUGUGUUCACUGCAAAUUAA